AUGUUCUUUCAAAACACUCCCUCGCGUUUUGCUACUCUUUUGUAUCUUGGAGCCAGCCUUAUAUGGGUGUCGGCUUCCCCGGUACCCAGCUCCAAUGUCGAUCUCCAAUACAAACGACACACUGGCUCCAAAGCAGUCGCUGAUCCCCAUAUUUACAAGCGAAAUUUAGAGGUCAAUGUUGACCUUGUCAUCGACGGCGUCGGAAAGUCAGAGCACUGGUUCGUGGACGUCGGGCCCACUCUUUUCCAAGCUGGAACCCGAGACCCGUCGACGAUGGAUAAAUUCAAGAGCAAACUCACAACUUCACAUUACGAAUGGGACAAAGUGCAGCACCAGCUUUCCAGUUCCCACAAGAUAAAGCCCCUCGGUAAAGCCACGUUCAAGGAUGCCGCUGAUCAGAAGACGGCCUUUACAAAGGUUGAAGCAAUCAGGAUGAAAGCUGCUGCUGCGGUGAAGGGAGGUAAUUGUUUGGACUACAUUACGGAUGUCUUGGAACUGCUCAAAACAGAGGGUCAUGUUACUGAGGAAGUGGUAGCUGCGUACAAGAAGGAGUAUGAUGAUAACUACACCAGGGUAUCAAAAGCCGUUUGGGGAGUCGACUUGCAGCCCUGA